AUGCUAGAUAUAAAAGAGGAGAAUAUCUUGCGCGGUUUAGCCGAUUCAUCUAUCGUGGAACAACUAGACGCGGAAGAAAUCGCAGAACUGAGCUUUUAUAAAAGCAUCAACGGGUACAAUAUCUACAGAAGCGCAAAUUUUGGUAUUCCAAAGAGGUUUGGCCGGUCAAUCCUGUGUGACUUCUCUCUCGCUCGAAACGGACAGGUUGAGCACUGUCAUGACAUCCAGCCGGAUCCUUACCGGGCUCCAGAAGUCCUUCUAGAGAUGCCAUGGGGCUAUCCUGUGGAUAUAUGGAACGUCGGGGUUAUGAUUUGGGAUAUGUUUGAGAAUAGACGUAUGUUCGAUGGGCUGGACCCAGAGACUGGCAAGUAUGAGAACCGCUUCCAACUUGCCAGCAUUGUUGGUCUUUUGGGACCUCCACCCCCCGAGUUCCUCCAGCGAGGCGAAUACAGCUCCGUUUACUUCGAUGAUAAAGGGAACUGGAAGUGUGUGAAUCCUGUCCUACUAGUGUUUUGGGAGGAUUGUGAGAGAAAUCUCCAUGGCUCUAAUAAGAAGGACUUUCUCGACUUCGUCCGCAAAAUGGUUAGAUGGACACCAGAAUCAAGAGCGUCGCCCGAGGAGCUAUUGCAAGAUCCUUGGCUUCUUGGAGAUGUGGAAGAAUAGAG